AGAAAAUUAAAAUAAGUAAAUAUUAUUUAAUACUGUUUUUCAUGAGUUGAAUGUGUGAUUGUGAUAAUUGCACAGGCUCAGCUGAUCCACGACAGAAACACGGCGUCUCAUGCAGCUCUAAACGACAAGACGGACGCCACGCCGGAGCGGGUCCACAUGACCUGGACCAAAGACAAGUUCUGCACCGAACGCAACCGCAACCGAGAGCCCAGCGCAAACAUGGUGGUGCGGGAUCUGUUCAGCAUGAAACCCGAAUGGGAGAGUCUGAAUCAGUCUAAUGUGCGCUGCAUGCACACUGCCAUCAAACUCAAUGAAGUGGUGGUCAAUAAGUCUCAGGGAGCUCAUCUGGUGCUCCUCAACAUGCCCGGACCACCCAAGAGCAGAGGCGGCGAUGAAAACUACAUGGAGUUUCUGGAGGUUUUGAUGGAGGGUCUCAACCGGGUCCUGUUGGUGCGCGGCGGCGGUCGUGAAGUCAUCACCAUAUACUCAUAAAGCGGAUUGUAGCCCGACGCCACGCAGGCAGGAAUUCAGUUUUUAUUUUUCCCACAGCAAAGCCGGACAUCAUGGAGAAAGCUAGCAGUCGUGGUUUACAGCGGCGUUUCGUCCGGCUGCAUUUGUUACAGGACAGUGACUUUUGUGGCACCUCUUGAAGAGAGACAACGUGAAGAAACCGAGACGAACGAUGAUUCGAUUCAUAACGCGACACUUUAAUUUAUGACUCUUUGAUUGUUUUCUUUUGUUUGUUCGUACAAUCUGUGCUAGUUUUCAUGUCUGUUUAUUGUGCAACAUCGUUUGGUUUUUCAAAAGACUUUUUGAAGCACGUACGAUCCGAAGUUUUAUAAAACUAAAUUUGAGUUUGUUGCUAAUGCCUGUUUAAUAUCGAUUCAUUCGUUUCCAUCCUGCAUUGCUUUUUAUUUGCGUAUGCUAGCUACGAUUCAAACUGUCGCUUGAUACCCAAAAUAACAUCUACUUUUAGCGAACCAGGCUGUGAAACGAGUGUAUUCUUGUGGCGAAUCCAUAUCCGAGUUGCGAAAACGCAAUUUUACUGUUAUCAAAGGAAUGUUUGAGUUUUUCACGUCGGCUAAUUUUAACAAUAACGCAGCGCGGAUGAUGAAUGUGUCGGAUGACGUUACUGACUUCAUGAUACGGAUUGUGCAAUAACUUUUAUUCAUUAUCAAGUCAUCACUAGCCGAGCGUGACGUCCACUUGUCGAGGGUUUUGUAUUAUAAAAGUUGAAAUAGUUAACGCAAACAGCGUAUAACGAGAAAAGCCAUAAUAUUUGGUCUCGUCAUUGAGUACUGUGGUUUUGUUUUGGCUCUAUCUCAGCAUAAAUCACUGAAAUCAGUUUAAUCGGGAUGAUUUCAGCUGUAUUUGCACUUUUUUAUUCGAUUUUUUCGUUAAUUGUGUGAUAAAAGCACAGGGCACGGCUGACCUGUCCAGCACACCGUUUGCUGAUGAUCAGAACCAGCACUGCGAAAUCUCCUUCUCUCAGCAAUAAAUGUGUUUUCCCAUGAGCUGGAAUUAAAUUUAGUCUCUGUCUUGACAUUCGUGAUGUUAUUGGGUUGCCGGGUAUGUUAAACAUGGAGAAUCCUUAAUUAACCGGCAUUACUAGUAGAGUAAAGUGUAAAACUGUCUAGUUAACGAAAGCAAUCUAUUAGGAUUGAAGCUGAAGUGUUAUUCCUAGUGGCAUCAAAUGGAACUGCAGUUUAUUUGUUUGUU